AUGCAGGCUUGGACCUCAAUGCACAAGUUCAGCAAGCAGUAUGACGGGCUGUUCGCAUGUACACUUGGGGGCGAAACGCACAUCUGGGUCGCAAGAGAAGAUGUUGCGCAAGACUUAAUGGUCAAGAAUGCUGAGCUGAGUUCGGCGAGGGCAGAUAUUGGGUCUUUCCCAGGGGUGACACAGGACUUUUUGUACUUGCCUCUGCUCGGGUACACAGAUCACUUCCACCGUCAAAAAAGAUUCGCAAACGCAAUGAUGACCCGCGCAGCUAAGAACCAAUACUACGGUCACAUCCAGCUUGAGAUGAAGCGCUUCAUGCACGAGCUCUCCCAAAAGCCAGAAGACUUCUUCACUCUCACCCAUCUCUUCUGCGCUAGAAUCAGCUCUCGCCUCGCGUAUGGCACCGCCGAUCGUUCAAUAGAUCACAUGAUCAAUGCCGGUGCCUUCAUCUCCCAACUUGGCCCUUCUGGGCCCAUACCUAAUCUCAUGCCGUUCCUAAGAUACUUCCCUGAGUGGAUGGCGCCGGGUCAGCGCGGAGUGAGAGAACGCCGAGAAAAGGAAGCAGCGCUGUGGAAGGACACAUUCGAUCUGGCAAAAGCAUCCAAAGAUAAGACAAUUUACACCACCGCAAGCUUGGUUACCAAAGCUAUUGGCUCUGAUACCGACCUUCUCUUUGCUGACGAGGAGGAGGCCAAGGCUGCAGUUGGCAUGCUCUGCACUGUUGCGAUCUAUACUAUCGGUGGACCGGCGACGCUGUUCGUCAUGGCUAUGAUUUUGCAUCCGGACUGGCAGGAGAAAGUACGACAGCAGAUCGACGAAGUAGUGAAAAAGGAAGAGAUGGUGGACUUGAAGCAUAGUCCGCAGUUACCUAUUUUGAGGGCCGCUAUCAAGGAAUGUGUGAGGUGGAAGAGUACUGUUCCACUCGGCUACCACUUUCCCCGCGGCGCCGUCGUCCACGUCCUCGACAUCGCCAUGUCUCAAAAUCCGACUACCUACUCCUCUUCCCCUCCCUCCGUCUACGACCCCUCCCGCUGGCUCGAUCCCUCUUCCCCUAACUUUAAAUCUCCACUUACCGAGCACCCACGCCUGAAGGGUCAUCAUAUCUUUGGGAGGGGCAAGAGAGUUUGUCCCGGCCAAGACCUUGCGGAAGCGGAGUUACUGGUCUUUUGUGGAAACUUGGUCAAGAAUUUCGAGCUUGGGAAGAAAGACGGAAUAGAGAUUGGGCCGGACCAAUGGACACCGCAUGUUAUCGGGGGACCGUUGCCGUUCCCCUGCGAGAUCAAGGCGAGAGAUGGUGAGAGGGCAGGAGCGGUUGGGAAGUGGUGGGAAGAUGUCAAAGGGCAGAUGGAGGGGUGA